AUGGCAUUGCCGAUGCCCCGACCCACGAACCCGCCUCUGGCAUUGUUGCAAUAUCGGGUCCUGUCCUUCGACGUCUACGGCAGUCUGAUCGAAUACAAGGCUCACAUCCUAGACGCCUUCCAACCUCUCCUGUCUCGACUGCCGUCGUCGUCGCCAUUCCUCAACCCAGAGCCGUUGUCAAGCACAAUCCCCAACUCGGCAACGGUGGGGUCAAUUGAGUUCUUGAAACUGUUCCAACGGCAGGAAGACGCCAUCAAGCUCGAGAAGCCGGUCAAGCGCUUCGACCAGAUCUUGCAGGAGAUUUGGAGACGCGUGGCGAAGGAAUUGAACGUGGACACCUCAGAGGAUGAGGCCCGACGGUUUGGAAGCGAGGACGUCAUUGCGAGUUGGCCCACGUUUCCCGGCACGCUGGACGCGUUGAAGACGUUGAGCAGGCAUUUUCGACUGGUGGCCUUGUCGAACAUUGAUCGCUACGCCUGGGACAUCACGGCCUCGUCGGCGGCGAGCCGGCUCGGCGAGAUUGAGUGGUGGAAAGUCUUCACGGCCGAGGACUUUGGCGACGACGACGACGACGACGGUUCUCGUGCCGAUGAUGCCAAGUUGGAAACUUUGAUCCAGUACUGUGUCGAGCAAGGGGGGAUCAAGAAGGACGAGAUCCUGCACGUGGCGCAGAGUCUGGGCCAUGAUCAAGCGCCCGCGAAGAGGUUGGGCUUGAGUUCUGUGUGGCUGAUAGGCGACGGACCGCGGUGGGGUAAGGAGGCCGAGAGUCAGAUGGCGCUGGAGAAGGAAUUGGUGGGUUAUGCUUGGAGAUUCCAGGAUUUGAGGGCAUUCGCAGACGAGGUUGUACGAGUUGCGGAGGGCUGA